ACGAAGGUAAACCCUCCGGAAUCAGUCUGUUCGAAAUGGAAGAUCUUCGUGCUUCACUUCCAGAUCUUGUCAAAGAUUGGCAUACUCCUUCAAAGAAUAAGCGUCAGUGUUUAGAUGUACUUAAAAUGCAUACACCAAAUGUUAGAAAGCGUGUUGAGGAUUUGCGUAAGAUUCAGACUGAACAUGAUGAGAUGAAAGCCGAAUUUUUUGACGAGAGAGCAAAACUUGAAGUCGAGUUCCAGAAGAAGUAUAAACCACUUUACGACUUGAGGUUUGAUAUUGUGAGUGGUAGGUGCGAAGUCGGUGGAGAAGUGGGGAAUGCUGUUCCCAAUUUUUGGCUCAAUGCUAUGAAGGCAAAUGAAGUGCUAGCAAAGGUGAUUACAGAGAGGGAUGAAGAUGCCCUCAAGCAUCUGAAAGAGAUCGAAUGGGAGAGUAUUAGUACACCCAAGGGGUUCAAGCUUUCUUUCUAUUUUAUUGAUAAUCCCUAUUUCGAAACUGCUACCCUGGAAAAAACGUAUCACGUGACUGAUGAUGAUGAACCAAGUUUGCAAAAAGUAAUAGGGACUGAAAUUGAAUGGAAAGAUGGGAAAAAUUUGACACGGCAACAGGAGAAAAAGAAGCGAAAGCGUCAACUAGAUGACUGUGAAAGUUUCUUUAAUUUCUUUAAUUCUCACCUGGUCCCUGACGAUGAUUAUGAUCUUGACAAAGAGGCAUUCCACCAUUCGUGACAAGAUCAUCCCACAUGCUGUCUCAUGGUUCACCGGAGAAGCUGUCCAGGUUGAUGAAGAGAGUGAUACGGCUGAAGAGAAUGAUACGGAUGAAGAGAGUGAUACGGAUGAAGAGAGUGAUACGGAUGAAGAGAGUGAUACGGAUGAAGAGAGUGAUACGGAUGAAGAGAGAGAUAUUGAUGAAAUUAUGGAUGAAUCCAGGGAUGAUAAUUCUGUAAACAAUGAUAAGAAUGAUAAUUCUGUGGAUGAAGAGAGUGAUACGGAUGAAAUUAUGGAUGAAUCCAAGGAUGAUAAUCCUGUAAACAAUGAUAAGAAUGAUAAUUCUGUGGAUGAAGAUCUUCUCGGUGAUGAUUAUUCGCCCCGCGGGGUUUAAAUGUGGAUCAAGGCAAGAACAGGAAGAAACCCCAAAUUCUGAUCUCCUUUCUUUAUGCUAAUUUUGUUUUGUCUUUCUUUCAAAUUGAUUCUAAUAUCUUCUCUUUG